UUCAUCGGUUCGGUUGUCUUCGGUGGUCUAGCCCAAAAAAAACUAAAAAUAAAGAAAAACAGAAGACAACAAGACCUGUCCAGAAAAACACACACUUUUCGCCGAUCACCAAUGAACCGACUGACCAACUGAAUCUGAGAUUGCGACAAUGACAGCGGAGGAACGCAGAGGAGCAGACAACUGUGCGCACAACUGCGUCCCGCGGGAAAAACUUCAGAACACCUAAGACCAUGCAGGCCAGAGAUUAGCCGAGCAUUACACCAGAGAUUCAACAGCAGAUCCACAACAAGAAUAGUCCAGAUUCCAGUGAGAAGUGGCAAAGCGGCAAAGUGGAGAGCAGAGGAAGGAGGGAGUUCCAUCGCACAGUGGCAAAUAUGCAAACCAACCGAAGAAUUGCCUUGGUGGCUCUUCUACUGCUCAUCGCCUGCUCCUCGAUUGCCGAGUGCUCGAAUGGGACGCACAAACAGGAGGCAGAGGCCCUCACAGGACAUCGGUUCGCGAGCGGGAACAACAAUAACAUAACCAUCCUGCAUGAAGUGCAGGAAGCGGACUCCGAGCCACCGCUUGUCUUAAACACCCACGAGAUCCUGCCGCUCAAGCCGCUCAAGAAGAAGCCCUACUUGCCGCUGGAGAAGAUCCUGCCGAGCAUUGAGUAUGUGAAGCCGCAGCAUCCCCUCAAGGAGUACGAGCUGCACCCAGUCACGUUCGACUUCAACCUGGGAGAUCUGGAGGACCUGGAGCACGAGGUGAUCAAGAAGGGGGAUCUCAGCAGCCAGGAGCAGCAUGUCUUGGCCUCGGACACCGGCUACAGUCCCUCCUCCAAUCCGGACGAGAAUGACACCGUGGAUGUGGACAUAGCAGAGCUUUCCACGGAACUCACAACGGCCACUUCGCCGGGGACAACUACUCCGCCGGCUGCAACUACAACUACUAGCGCCGCCGGCAGCACCACUUCCGGUACUCAUAUCCUGAAAAUCCUGCGCAGCAAGCCCCAAGUGGCGCCCAAACUGGGACGCGAUUUGCUCAAGCAGAGUGGCGACGAUGACAUGCAGCUGAAGACCCUGGGCAGCACCAUAAACAGCAUCAAUCGUUACCUCGGCGCCAAUGCGAACGGAACCGGAAAUGGCAGCAUUGCCGAGAGCCUCUACGGCCAGGCGAACUACUUCCAACUGGUGGCCAAUCUGUAUGACCACUUCUACUGGCAGAUAUCCGAGAUUCGGACCAGUGUUCGCACAGGCUGCGGCCUCGAGAUGCAGGCCUAUCUGACGGCCCUGCACUCCAGCUACGAGUGGGCACAAAAGGCCUACGACUCGUCUGGUCGCUAUCGUGGUCAGCUGCUCUUUGGCAACGACAAAUGGCUGGGCCAGCUGGUCUUCUGCUACGAACUCAACCGCCAGAGUUCCAACGAGGAGCGCAAGCACUUCGAUCUGGAAUUUUUCGUGGCGGAUGUGGCACUCCAUUUGCCCAAGCUCAAUCGAUCGAUGCUCUUGAGUUUGGGCGAGUGCCUGCCCAAAUCCUGCUCGGCACACGACGUCCAGUCCAUUCUGUCCCUGGAUCCCUAUGCGCGAAUGCUGACUGUCCUGGGGGCACACAACACCUCGGUGCAGCAGCCCCCGCUCCAGGUCCUGCACGUACGCACUGUGCCCGGACUUUACAGUCACUGGCGGCAGCUCAAGUUCCAGGUGUUCAUUAGCUUUAUGCUCACCCUGUUUCUGGUUAUCCUGGUGGCAUCCUACUACCAGCUCAAGAUCGACGAACGCCGUCUGGUGGUGGCUCCGAUCUCGGCCAUCAGCGGCAAAUGCGACGUAACGUCGAACAAGAAUGGUGGCUUCUAUGGCAAGCCUUUUGAGCUCUUUCAGAUGCGCCCGUUGGGCAGCACAAUUACGGCUGCAGAUGGACCCGAAAUCGCGGUCAACGGGAAUAGACAACGAUCUGGAGGAGAGUCAACAGAAAUGCCAGAUGGUGUUUCCGGUGUGGCUUGUGACCCCAACACCUCCGCUUCGACGGGUUCGUUGGCGGGCAAGUCUGAAAUGACCGAUUACCAAGUGGAAACGGGGAGCUGUGCCGGAGCCACCGGAACCUAUGAGGCUGAGCAGCCCAUCGCCCUGCACCAACAAAUACUCUUGUGCUUCGCCUUGCAAACGAAUGCCAAGGCCAUUCUGAAUAUCGACAAGACCAAGGAGGUAAGCACGAUGACCCACACUUCCUGCCUGCACGGCCUGCGAGUCUUUUCCGUUCUUUGGACCAUGAUGGUGCACACCUAUCUUCAGAUGUUUGCCAUUGGCGAGAAUAAAUUUGAAAGGGUCAUCACAGAGCGUUCGUUUUGGUAUCAGGUGAUUGGCAAUGCCACCUUUUCGGUGGACUCGUUCUUUUUCAUCAGCGGCCUGCUGGUCACGUUGCUCUACCUCAAGCAGGAUCGCAAACACCCCGCGGAGACCUGCCUCUUCAUAAAGCGCAGCUUUUCGGAGACAUUUAUGAUGCUGCUUUAUCGCUAUCUGCGACUCACCCCAGUUUAUCUCUUUGUGGUCAUCUUUAAUGACUUUGCCGUGAGACAAGGCCUGGACUCGUCGGUAUUUCAGCCGGCAAAAAUAGAGCACAAUACUUGCCGCGUCUACUGGUGGCGCAAUAUUCUGUACAUAAACAACUACUUUCCACAAACGGAGAUGUGCAUGAUGUGGAGCUGGUACAUGGCCAACGAAAUGCAGUUCUAUGUGAUGGCUGCUCUGCUCUUGGCCCUGGCCAGAAAAUACUUUAAAGCCGUGGCUCUCACGUUGACUGUCUUUCUGCUCAGCUCGUGGAGUAUUUCGGGUAUUAUCUCCCUGCAGCACGAGUACACCCACAAAGUAGCACUGCCUUUCGAGUCCUUUGAUUUUCUGUAUGACAAACCUUGGCAGCGAGUGGGCUCUUAUAUAGUGGGUAUGUGUGCCGGCUACAUUUUGUACAAGGUGAAGACCCCGCCACUGGUGUCCAGGCGCUUGAACUUAUCCCUUUGGGCGGGCAGCCUGUUUGUGCUCCUGGUCGUUGUGUUUGGCGUUUGGGAGGGACAGCUGAGCACCGUCAGUAGCGCCUUCUAUGUGGGCGUGGCCCACACCGCCUUUGGCUGUGGGUUGGUCUGGAUCGUGCUGUCCUGCUGCUGGGGACUGGCGCCCACCGUAAACGCGAUCCUGUCAUAUCGAGUUCUAUGGCCACUCUCACGACUCACGUACUGCGCCUACUUGAUCCAUCCCAUCAUCAUGUUCAUUUGCUCCUCGCACAUGAGCGGCACAGUCCAUCUGAGCAAUCCCCUUAUCCUCACCCUGUUCCUGGGCAACGCCGUCGUGUCCUUUGGCUCGGCCUUUGUAAUAUCGGCCUUCUUUGAAGCACCCGUCAUCCGAAUACUCAAGAUCUGCUUCAAAAAGUGAUUGGACCAGCUUACACCUGUAAUGGAAUUACCGUUAAAUUAUCUAACCGUCGGGUAGCCGAAUUCGUUAAUUGUUGGUUAAGCUUGCCCAUAAACAAUCUAGUUGGUUCUUAUCCCUUUUUGUUUUUUUUUUUUUUUGCAAACAAUAUGCAUUAAAGCAUAUCAAAGUGUCAGCUAAUCUCUACAAAUAUCUCUAGGCCUGUUUUGUUAUUAAUUUGUACAUAUAUAUUAAGUGGGUUUCGUCAGUGCGAAAGGAGUGUUUAAAAUAAAGUAUACCUAAAACAAACAGGUAUGAUGGAUUAAACAUUGCACAGUUUAUCAUUGUUAGCUGAUUUUACCUUAUGCUAAACAAGUUUAUAGGUCAUGCAGGGAAAUUGAAUUGUUAAUAUUUUUCAUUUUAUUAUAAUAAGCUGAUUUAUAUAAAGAAAUACUUCUUAGUUCAUUCAACAAAA